AUGGUGUUCGGGGACGUGACCCAAAGCAUCACGGCGGACGAGAUCGUCUUGCAGUACGACGAGGAGCUCUUUAACUCAGCAGGGGUCCAAUACGAAGAAGCACCAUUAACAAAACAGAACCUUCGUCAGACAGCGAGACUCGUGCAGGAAGUUAGAGAGAGAAGAAGCUGGAGGACUUCUUGCUCAACUCGUAAUUCCGAAGUUAUUCCGAAUUCCGGCAUCGGCAAGGAGUCAGCCGUUGCCUUGGCAGCGAGAGGCGCCUGCGUCAUCGUCGCCUGCAGAGACCCCGACAAGGCUGAGGAGGCCGUGAGGGAGAUCAAGGUCAGGAGCCGCAGCCUCAACGUCCUCCACAUGGAGCUGGAUCUCGCCAACCUGCGCUCUGUGAGGGGAUUCUGCAAGAACUUCCUCCAGAGGGAGAAGAGGCUUGACAUCCUAAUCAAUAACGCAGCCAUGCCCGGCGUCCUCGACUGGACGGACGACAGCUUCAGCAUGUGUUUUGGCGUCAACCACCUGGGUCACUUCCUCCUAACCAACCUGCUUCUGCCCCGCCUGAAGGAAUGCGCCCCCAGCCGGGUGGUCACCCUCACGUGCUCCACCUACAAAUACCAGAAGCUCAACUUCCAGGACCUCAACUACAACCUGCUGCCCUUCUUCACCUACUGCCGCAGCAAGCUGGCUAACGUCUACUUCAGUCAGGAAGUGGCCCGCGUCACUGAAGGGAAAGGAGUGACCUCCUACGCCGUGCACCCUGGUUUGGUCCAAAGCGGCUGGACGUGCCACUACUCCGUCCUGUUCCGCAUGCUGAUGCAGGUGAUCAUGUGGAUGUUUUUCGUGCCGUGUGAGGUCGGGGCUCAGACCGUCAUCUACUGCGCUGUGUCACAGGAAGCAGCCAAACACAACGGGGGUUACUUCGUCGACUGCCGACCGGCCGCUCUGCGUCCCUUCGCCAGAGACGCUGCUGUGGCUAAAAAGCUGUGGGAGGUCAGCGAGAGGCUGGUGAAAGAGGCCUGAUGGGGAAGAUGUGGGCAGGUUGGACCUCAUGUGCUUCUUUUGUGUUUGUGUUUUUCAUUCACAUCGGUGGUGUUGUUUGCAGAUGUAAAGAUUUAGUUGUGCAAUUUGAGAUGUUUUGCGUGAAUAAAAGACUUUACAAUGCUG